GAGUCAACUGAUCAUUUAUUAAUAAACCAACAUUCUGUUUCUAUUCAAACAUGUUUUGAUAACGAUAAGUUGUUUCGUUUUACAAUUAAAAAUAUCCAUAUUAGUAAAGCUAUGGUUGGCGAAACUUGUCGAAUUUUGAUUAGAAAAUCUCAAACGUGGCUGGAAGAAUCCAUUUCCGAAGAACGCAUAACUUUCCUUGAUUAUAAUGAAUUUACAAACGUGGAAAAAACUAAUGAAGGAGGGUUCGGAACAAUACGAAAGGCUGAUUGGAAAGGCUAUGGUUUAACCGUUGCAUUUAAAAGUUUAAAAUUUAAUGCCAAUUUUGACGCAUUUGUUAAUGAG